UUUAAUGAAGGGACGGCAGUGGGAAAGAUGGCGGCGACUCUGGGAUCCUCUGGGUGGUGGCAGCGGUGGCGGCGGCGUGUGUCGGCACGGAAUGGGUCCACGAUGUUGCUCCUUCUCCUUUUGUUGGGAUCUGGGCAGGGGCCACGGCAAGUCGGGGCGGGUCAAACGUUCGAGUACUUGAAACGGGAGCACUCGCUGUCGAAGCCCUACCAGGGUGUGGGCACAGGCAGUUCCUCACUGUGGAAUCUGAUGGGCAAUGCCAUGGUGAUGACCCAGUAUAUCCGCCUUACCCCAGAUAUGCAAAGUAAACAGGGUGCCCUGUGGAACCGGGUGCCAUGCUUCCUCAGAGACUGGGAGUUGCAGGUACACUUCAAAAUCCACGGACAAGGGAAGAAGAAUCUGCAUGGGGAUGGUUUGGCAAUCUGGUACACGAAGGAUCGGAUGCAGCCAGGGCCUGUGUUUGGAAACAUGGACAAAUUUGUGGGGCUGGGAGUAUUUGUAGACACGUACCCCAAUGAGGAGAAGCAGCAAGAGGUAAUGGCAAGUGUCAGAGCUUAGGUUAGCUGCACUGACAUCACAGUUCUUUGCCUCAGGAAUGUUCAUGAGGGAACAGGGGAUAGAAAGUGAGGGGUUUGAUUCUAUUUUCUUCAUCAACUGAACUUGAAAAGUUAAUAUCCUUGUCAGAGUGUUCUAGAGAGAACCGUUUAUGGUGCACAGUCCUUUGGGAAUGGCUGUCGUGAUUGGGGACUUUUUCUUCAGUGUUAACAGUGUUCUCUUGUGCACAUUAGGUAGCUGCUGAAAUUGAGCAUGCUUGGCUGGUUGGUGAUUUGGCUCCUAGGCCUGCACCUGAACAAGCUGAAUUUAUAUAACACAGCUCCCCUGACUUAAUAGAUCACCACUGUGCUCUCUUCUGCAGCUUGCUCACUCUGUCGAGCAUCCUUUUCUUCUUCCUGUUUUUAGACCCAAACAGCAAUUCUGUUCUCCUGUAGGAAAGGUUGUAAAAGGAAAUUGACGGAGUCUCAGCAUUUUGUUGCAGUCCGGUUUCUGGCUGUUGGCAGAAGGCUCUUGCUUUUUGUUGGCUGACCCUAGGGUUCUUUAGCAUUUUCAUAUACUGCCAACAGGUUUGUAUUCUUUGUCUGAUGGCCCUGCCAUCAGAUGCUGGGAAAGUGGUUAUGACAGGUUGUUGAUGCAUAUCUUUUGGCUAAAUAAUAGCAAGAGGGGCGCCUGGGUGGCUCAGUUGGUUAAGCGACU